UCCUGCUCCUAUAUAUCCUUCGUCCCGCCACCCUCAUCUUCGUGCAUUCACAUCACCGUCUUCCUCACCUCCUGUAGUGGGGAUUCGGGCAAAACCAAACCCUAGCCAUAAUGGCCCCUAAAGCCCAUGGCUUCCUUGUCUUCCUCCCAUACCUUCUCUUGAUCUCCUCCUCGGCCGUUGCCGCCCUCGACAUCGUCGGGAUCCUCCAACCCUUCGACGAGUUCUCCACCUUCACCAAGUACCUAACCCAGACGAAGGUGGCCGACGAGAUCAACCGCCGCCAGACCAUCACCGUCCUCGCCGUCGACAACUCAGCCAUCUCCGCCCUCUCAUCUCUCUCCGCCGAUACCCUCAAGAACGUCAUCUCCGUCCAUGUCAUCCUCGACUACUACGACCCCUACAAGCUCGACAAGGUCCCCAAGAAGACCGCCCUCCUCACCACCCUCUUCCAGGCCUCCGGCCUCGCCACCAACAACAUGGGGUUCUUGAACUACACCGAGCUGCCUGGCGAGCAGAUGAUGUUCGGCUCGGCCGCCCCCGGCGCCCCGCUCAACUCCAACCUCCAGAAGGUGGUCGCGGCGCGGCCAUACAACGUCUCGGUGCUCCAAGUCAGCACCGCCAUCAUGCCACCCGGCAUCGCGAGCGCGCCCGCUCAGGCGCCGGCAACGGCACCAGGGAAGAAGACAAGUCCUUCGGCUCCAGCAGCAGCUCCAAAGUCGAGCCCUGCGGCUCCAGAGUCCAGCCCUGCGUCUCCCAUCGAGGCUCCGGCGGGAAGCGCAGCGGCGCCGGCGGCACACAGCAAGAACGCAGACGCAGCGUCGCCUGCGGAAUCAGCGGAGGCACCGGUGGGCUCCGACUCUGCUAGAGCAGUUGUGAGCGCGACCAUUGGGAUUGCAAUGGGCGCUGUUGCCUGGGCUACUCUUUGA